CAAUUCUAAGAUGCUUUGUUUGAAAAACGGGAUCUUUACUUUCAAGCUUCUCCUUUAAUGGUAACGAAAGUUUCCUAUUUGGAUUAUUAUUAUUAUAAUACAUCAAUUGAAAUUCACUAUUGCUGCUGUUUUACUGUUCAAAGGCGAUGACGAAAUAAUAAUAACAAUGCUGAGUAGGUGAGAUUAGUCGCAAAACGACAAAACUUUAUAUUUCAUUUUUCUUUCCAAUAAAAUCCGUAACCAAUAAGAAGUACUAAAUGGCAGGUAGUAUUAUAUACUAUUGAUAUAGUUUAUUAGUAUUAUAAUAUUAUUUUUAAGUGUGUAUUGUUUUAAAUGUAGGCCUAUGGUAGGUACAUGAAUACAAAAUUUAAUUUAAAAUUUUUUUUUUUAAUAACACAGUUAGAGCAAAUUUAAUAUACAAAAAUGAAACCAGAAUCAACUUUUUAGCUUAAGUACUUUUUGAGCUACGGAUUUUUAAAGUGUGAGUUCAUUUGGUAUUUUUUACUAUGGACAAAACCUCCACAUCUUGUGACCUCAUUCGCUGAUCGCGUCAUGUGCAAUGACUAUAUACUUUAUAUAUAAGGCAACGCAUCGCCUUAUCACUAAAAUACUGUUUAGUGUCUACUUAGUUUAAACUUUCAACUUUGGCACAUGAAUAAUUAUUUAAAGCUUUCCCUGACCAAUGGUACAAUAGUUUUUGCACACGGCAAACUCUUUUGAAUGAAACACUGAGGUAGUACUAUGAUACAGCCAUUAUGCAAGUGGCUGUGAAUGGUUGCCAAUGACAACGUUUUGCACACCGUAAAUUCUGAUCAUUUAUAAUAUGGACUCUACCAGGUUGUUAAAGCUCAAAUUAAAACAUUCCAGUUUAAAUGUCUUCAAAAUGCAUUCUGAAACACAAGUUAUCAAAUAUUUUGAUGUAAAUAUGGUACUAAAUUAAUAUUUCCUAAGUAUCGGCAACUUCCGCCAUUAAAAAGGGUGCGUGGCCCACCCCAUGCGAAAUUAGGUUUAGCGAACUGCAUAACCUGCUGCGAACGCGUAGAAACAUGGCGUCUCUCGUAAGACACAUAUGGCUGUGAAAAUUGGCAUACAUGUAGAUCAAUACAUUCCCCAGAUGCAAAAAAAAUUUGGUAGUGACAAAUCUUUUACUUCGACUUAAUUUUAAUGAUGAAAGUUGCCUUAUAUUUACCAAGGAUUUUCCCAAAGCUGAUUGUAAAUGAAAAAGUAAUUGAUUAAAAUGUAGGCCAAGAUGUCUAUCAAAAUAUAAGGCCGGAAACGGAACUUAAAUAUAUGUCGAAAGUAUUCAUUUAAUAAUAAAUAGACACACAAAUCAGAAAAUUAAAAACUCAGAUUUUAGGCGCCAAUUGCCACUUCCAAUACACAAAAAGUACUAGUCUCCCUUGAUUUACCAAGUAUAAUAAAGUUCAGUGGACUCAGACUCAGUGACUCAACUCAGUGGUCUGCAACCUUUUUUGAGCAAAGGCCAAAGGCGAGCCAUAUUUAAAUUAAACAUCUGAUAAGAAAAUAUUUAAGGAGUCCCAGGAAGGGGUGGGUUUAAAAAAGAAUGAAUCAAUCAAAAUGAAAGAGGGCCUUACAGCUUCAGAGCUGCAGGGUUCCCACCAUUGGUAAAUUUUUGCAAUCCGCGCCAUGAUGUUUCGUGGCGGCUGUGUAAAAAAACACACCUCUGCUGAAAUGGGGAGGGGAAAGUAGGAGAAUGUGCUGGUUGUCUAUUUAUAGAGAAAAACGAAAAAAAAUAAUAGAAACCCUGGUAGAGUCUGUAUUAUUAAGUACUAGAAUAAAUGAUAUUUACAUUUCUAACAUCAUUAAGUUUUGAGAAGUAUUUAUCUGCUAUAUGUUAUAGGCCUACCCUACUCCCUUUCAUGCUCCUAAACUACUUUUUCCCCCCCUCUAAACAUGACCUUAAAUUACACAGUCUAAAUUAUCCCUAAUUAUAUCCCUUUUGUCACUAAAGAAGUUAAUUGAGGGACAAUUACAACGUUAGAGAAAUACUUAAGAUUUACCCCUUUUCGUGCCCUUGAAUUACAACUUUUUUUCUAUAAAAAUUGUUUAAAAAACUUACCUUAAAUUUAAACCAAAAACUCUAUAUAUAAUAUAAAAAUAUUUUAUAUUAUAGGAAUUCGAUAUAUAUUGAUAGAUUGAAGAAGAAUCGCACAAACGUUUUUCACAUCUAUAACAGAUUUGAGUGUUUUUUUUUAAAUAAUUUAAAUGGUUAAUCUCAUAAAAUACACAUCUCUUUAAUUUUUGCAAACAAAAACAAAAAUAUAUUUUAAGUUUUUGAAAGUAAAUAUUAACCGAUAUCUUUUUUUCUAAAUUAAUUUUUCAAGUGUGUUAAAUGAUUGUAACAUCACUUUUUCACAAAUAUAAUUCGAUAUGAGUUAACUAUAUUGUCAUCCACGUAAAAAUGUACACAUCUUAUUUCCUACCUCCGACAUGUAUUUACCCAAGAAAACUAAUUAUUUAUCAAAUUCAUUCCUUUAUUUUGAGACAUAUCUUGUGCUGCCUGGGGCAAAGUAACCAACCCCUCCCCCACUCAGAUUAAAAUGAAUUUAGAAAAAUCGUCCACCGGAUUGUAGCCCCUUACAUACCCAAAGGUUAGUUUUUAUUACAUUAUAAUUUUAAUAAAGGUAUAUUUUUUAAAUUAAGAAAGGCAAAACUUUUUAUAUGUUAAAAUAUACACAGCUGGAAUUUGUGUGUGUUUUAACAAUUAAAAAAGUAAUCAAUUGUAUUUAUUAAUUUUAAAUUUAAGAAGGAAAAAUACAUUAUAAGUUUUGUCAGCAUGGUUAUUAAAUUUAUAGGAGUGUAUAGGACGAUCGCCAACAGAUCUGACCAGGACCAGCUACAACAGGAUCUCAAUCUGUUAGCUGAGUGGGAGAUGAGCUGGGACAUGGAAUUUCAUCCUGCCAAGUGCCAGACACUAUCAAUCUCUAGAAGUUGUACUCCUCUACACUACCAAUACAAACUGCACGGCCAUAUUCUUGAGCAAGUUUUCUCCGUAAAGUACCUGGGUGUUACCAUUCAAAGAGAGGUCCGCUGGGACGAGCAUAUUAAUAAUGUAUGUAACCAAGCAAACCAAGCCUUGGGGUUCUUAAGGCGAAAUCUAAAGAUUGGCAACUCCUGUGUGAAAGAAAGAGCAUAUAAAGCCUUUAUCCGUCCGAUUUUAGAUUAUGCAUCUUCAGUCUGGGACCCAUUUACCCAGAAGAGCAUUGACAGGUUGGAGGCGGUCCAGCGACGAGCAGCACGCUUUGUCCUAAACCGCUACAGGAAUACCUCUAGUGUUGGCAGCAUGCUAGAAACACUAGGCUGGUCACCAUUGGAGAAACGACGACGACAAUCCAGGCUCUCCAUGAUGUACAAGAUAAAUAAUGGGCUGGUCCACUGUUCCAGUAUUAAACAGAAACUCGUCCCUCUCCCCCAUAGACAGCGACGAGGCCAUGACAGGCAAUUCAGGCUCAUACCAGCAAGAAGCCAGUAUAGGAGCAGCUCAUUCCUGCCCAAGACAAUCAGGGACUGGAACCAUCUUUCAAAAGGAACAGUUGAGGCGACAACACUAGACACAUUUGUUUCUAUUGCCUCAAGCCUUCAAACCCCUAGUGCAUAAUUUCCUCAUCCCCACCAGUAACAGAAACAUUGCAAAUCCCAUCUACAUGCAUAGGAGCCAAAAUGAUCAAUAAAUUGAUCGUGGGCCCUUAAGAUAUAGAAGAAGAAGAAGAAGAAACCUAAGAGUUUUGGAGAAAUAGGCUAUUCUCACUAUGAUGCCAUUUGCCUGAUUAUUUAGAAAAAAAUUAAUUAAAAAUUUUAUUUGCAAUAUUAAGAACGCACUAAAAGACGCACUAAAAAACGACUGAUGUUUGGGUUUUCCCGAUAAAUGUGAUUACGGUGUAAUUCUUUGAUCAUGAUUUUCUAAAUUUUUUCAUAACUUUUAAACACAUAUAAAAUGCUUAAAAUAGUUCCUUAGUUUAUACUUUAAAUGUAUUUGUAAUUUAAAAUAAUAAUACUUAAACGUUUACUAAAAUAAAAGCGGAUUUACAAUAUUUUUUGCGCAUUUAAAUUUUUUCGAUUUCCAUAACAUAAUAAAAAAUAACUAUGAUUGUUUUUAGGAAUCCGAACGUACUGAAAUCAUAUCUCCCUUUUGGCGUUAUGUCGCCCUAGCUCAUUCUUAUAUAUGUGAUGAUUUACAGUGUGCAGUGCCUUGUGUGAAAACAAUAUUAAACUAUUGCCAUUUAAUUAAUUAGUCUUGUGCAAAAGUUGAAAGUUAAAAAUAAGUAGUCUCUAAUCAAUAUUUUUUUAGUUGCCUUUUGAUAGACACUUAUAUAUAAUGGAUGCCUUAGACUUGGUUAAAUGAACAGUCAUAUUGUAUAUUUUAUUUACUGAUAAUGCAUACUAUAUAGCUUAAUAGUUUACAAUUUUAUUAUAAUUUUAUAUAUUAUUACUUUAUAAAAUAGCGUUCAUCCUGAAAAUAAAUGUAAAAAAAUUAUCUUUGAAACAAGUGUUAUAGCAUGUGAUGUGAUCAGCGGAAUAGGUUCAUAAAAUAUGGUGGUGCAGUCCUUAGUAAAAAAUUUAAAAAGUGAAAUCGCACUUUAAAAAUUCAUAGCUAAAAAAAAGUACUAAAGAUAUAAAAUUGAUUCUGGUUUUCUUUUUUUAAAUUUGAAGUGUGCUCUAUACAACCGUUAUGUUUUUAUAAUUUUGGGGAAAUUUUUUAAAUUACUUUACUUAAGUAUCUACAUUAAAUAAGACUAGACAUAGGCCUUUAGUCUGUAGACUUAUUCUAUUGCCUAGAUCAGCAACUCUCAACAUUUUUAGUUCGGUGAUCCCUUGAUAACAUAUGCUAAGCUGAGUGGUUAAAGUCAAUGUAGGGGUCAAGGACUGUAAUUAACUUAACACAGUGGUUCUUAACCUUUAUGGAGGUACUGAACCCCACCAGUUUCAUAUGCGCAUUCACCGAACCCUUCUUAACAGGAAAAAUUAAAUAUGAUUUUUUUUCAGAUUUUUUUUUUUUUGCACCUCUGCUGAACCCCUCAGACUGACUCACCGAACCCCUGGGGUUCAAUCGAACCCAGGCUAAGAACCACUGACUUAGCAAUAUUUUAAAAAAAAUAUUUUUUUUUAGAAUUAUCAUGCAGUUUUAUUUUCAUAAUUAAAGCAUAAGCAUUUCACAACAAACCCUUAACUGGGCUGAUGAUUUUUUGUGUGUGGAUCUUUCUUUAAUGAUUGUUUUCAAAUUUUAAAAAGAAUUAAAUGUUUACUUUUAAUUGUACUAUAUAAUGAUCAAUGAAAACUUACAAAAUUGUCAUCUACAAAAUUUAAAGGUUUGGCUUUAAAAGAAAACAAAACUGAAGAUGUUUUACAAUCACAAUGUCAGUUAUUACAAAAAAAUGUAUAGUGUGCAAUCUAAAUUGUCAGUGAGAUGUUAAAUAAUGACAUAGUUUAUACUAGACUAAAAUGUAUAAAUCUAUCAGUAUGUUCUACAUAUAAGUAGUUGUAAUAUGUUGGUCAUAUUAGUUUAAUUAUUAGUGGCGAGAGACACCUUAAAUAAAACAAACAUUUUUGCGGAGUGUGAUGACUUUUGAGUGCCAGAUCUUGAGCUUCUCUACUUGGCUUGUCCAAGUUAAAAUUUUGCAAUUCUGUGUGAUCUUGUUUUAAAUAUUAGAUAUAAAUUCGAUUUUAAAAAAAUCUGCAUUACACAACUCAUUAGUUGUCUGAUUAUUAAUCAUAAAUAGAAUUAAGAUAAAAGAUUGUUAUAUUUAGAUUACAUAUUUGAAAGUAGGCUAACAUGAUGUGUAUUAAAUUUUGAGUAAGCAUAAUUUUCUAUCAGUUAUAAUAGGGCAUGUUAAGUAUUGACUAUGAUUGACCCUCAUAGUCCCGUUCAACUAUUUUGGAUUUCCCAUGAUGAAAGCCUCAUAUGGUAUUUAUUUUUCAAAAUUAUUACCCUAGUUUGAUACUAGAGAGGUCUCUUCUUCUUAAUACCAAUCAAAUAGAUUGAUGUUACUAAAUUUUGUUUCCCGUGUCAACUGGUUAAUACAUUUGUUUGAUAUAAAUUUGCUUAAUCUUAGAUUUUACUGACAUUUUUUUAAAUAAUCAAUCAUCAUUUGUCAAAUCUAACCCCUAAAAAUUAUUUAUAUUUAAGUAUCAGCAUUAACUUUCUUUUAUUAACAUGAAGUCUUUCUUUUUUUUAAACUUCAGGUCUAAUAUCAACAAUGGAUAUUACAGAAUUUUCUUCUAAAAAAAAGUUACCUGAAGGCCAACACUUUAUUGUUCUACAGCUUCAUUGACAUUAAAGAGUAUGCACAAAUUAUCAAGACCAUUAGCAGGCAAUUUAAAAAGAAAAAGUUACAUGAUUAAAUUUAGAUCCAGAGUAAAGUGACAUUAAACCAUCCUUUAAUUUUUCCAAUCGACAACAAAAAAAUUUUACUAGCAAUGGAUAUAUAGCUGUAGAUAGCUUAAACAAACUGUGGAUGUAACAGCACCACUUCUGCAAUAUGGGAAACUGCCUUGGGAGUUCCAAUGUCAGUAACUUUGACAGUGUGAAGGAAAAAGGCAACAGCAGCAAUAAUAGUGACUCUGGCAUUACUGAUGCCAAGAUGGGAAACAAGAAAUCAAAGAACAGAUAUGAGCAGGACCCGACCGCUGGAAACAACAAAACAAACAAUGGCACCACCACCAGUAGGGUCCACACACAAGGGGUGGGCAACCCAGUUGGUAAGAUUUACAGUGUUAAUGUCACGUGCAGGCAUAACCUGUUGUGGGUCUUUGGUUUAGCUAACAAUUAAGAAUAAAAUACUUAAAUUUAAAAUCUGUAUUCUCAUUCAGAUAUAUUCUGUAUUAGACCGCAAAUAACACUCCAUUAUUUUGAUUUUUGAGCUGUUCCCAGCAGGAGCUGAUACAAUUUCAUGGUCUAUUUUCUUGCCUUCAUUUUUAAUCUAGCUUGUUUUAAACUGAACUCCAUCUUUUCUUAUAAAAAUUUCUCCUUUGGUAACCAACCAAUUUUAAACCUACACCAUUGUGAGAUUCAUAUCCUAGAUCAUUUUUAUAUGUUGGUUGUCAUGGCGGCAUUAUUCUAGCUUUAUAAAGGUUUAUGAUGAAAGAAAGAGGAAGCUGUCUUAUGAGCACGUGCUUGCAACAAAAAGUAAAGUCUUAGACCCUUAAAUUGAGUGUGUAGUUAUAAUGCCCUUAAAUGAGAUGACUCGUUUGAAACAGUGUUGAAAUUUUUAUUUAUAAAUAGAUAUUGACUGAUAAUAACUCUACAUACUAUUCCAGUCUCCCAUGAUACCAACAAUUAACAACUAUACAUAAUGUGAACAGCUGUUUAAACUUUUAUGUUAGAACUGCACAUCUAAAUUACAUGAUGAAUUAUAAAAUGCUACUUAAAAUAAAACUUAGCAGUUGUACCCCAUGAAUACCCUAUUCAUCGGCUGGUGUUUUAAAUCUCUUUACUUUAUGUCUCACUGUUGCAACUUAACACUUAUACUUCCUGGUUUAUUCUGCUGAAAGAGAUAAGGGCCUGGAUUUUUUUUAUUAUUCACAUGAUGUCAUCUGUCAAAACCAGGAUAUAAAUACUAUCGGUUAAAUCAGUUGUGUACCAUAUUUUCAUCACAUUGUGUAAAGUAUUAAUAAAUGACUGCUUAGCUCAACAAAGAAUGGACACCUUAAAACACCAUAACUCUUAAACUGUUGCCUUUACAUGUAUUUUUGACAUGCUUUAAAGGCAGUUUACCUAAAUCAACACUUCCCACAGAAAGUCCUUGUAUAACCUAAUUUAUAGCUGAGGGUUCUUAUUGCUGGGACUGCUGUCUGUUUAAGGCAUAGAAGUUGACAAUGAAUUGUCUUUUGAAUAAGUACUGUUUCUUCUUCCAGUUGUUUAACAUCUGAGCUAACCAAUGUAUCAUAAGUAUGAAAAUCCGUUGAGUUUCCUUAUGUCCCAUCUGUUCAAUAAAAUAAACAAAUAUUCAUGCAACUGUUAAUAGGCCACCUGAGGGAUUUUUGGAUAUGUAGAUAGAUACACACACACAUAUAAAUACAUAUAUAUUAUACACACACACACACAUAAUAUAUAUAUAUACAAGCAAGAACCCGGCAUGCGUUGCAGUGCCACUUAAAGGAAGAAAGUGUUUGUGUUUUAAUUAUGUUUCUUGAAGUACUUUUUAUAUAUUCAAUUUUUAUUUUUAUUACUGUCUGGUGCAUACAGGAAUAAAUUAGAAGUUUUUUGAAGCAUGAGCAGGCCACGUACGGCUGUCCAUGGGAGAAGCAUGGAUUUUUCAAAAUUUCAUUCAUACACCUCAUCGAUUGAUCCACCCAUGCAAUAGAUACGUUUGAAAUUAUAUUUAAAUAGCUUAUUUAGUAUAUAUAAACAAAUUUAGGGCCCCCGGCCCAAAACGGAAUAUAUUAAAAUGGAUGUACUAAUUCAGAAACCUACUUGUUAUGUCACAUACAAACGGGAAUGUCACUGUUUGUAUUUCAUUCAAUUCCAUCCACCCAUGCAAUAGCUCUUUUUGAAAUUAUAUUUACAUAGCUCAUAAGAAAAAACGAAUUUAGGGCCCCUGGCUCAAAACGGAAUAUUUUAAAAUGGUUGUACUAAAUUUUAAACCUUUACGGGCAUGAGCACAACAACUCACCAAAGUUUGAUUGCAAUUGGAUGAAUGGUAUAGGAGCACAUACGGAAAUUAUAUUUAUAUAGCUGAUAUAAUAAAAAGCGAAUUUAGGGCCUCUGGCUCAAGGCGGAAUAUUUUAAAACCGUUGCAAUAAUUUGGAAACCUUUCCUGGUGUGCGCACAACAAUUCUGUUAAGUUUUAUUGCAAUUGGAUAAAUAGCAUAGAAGCGCAUACAGAAACUAUAUUUACAAAGCUCAUAUAAGAGAAAAACGAAUUUAGGGCCCCCAGCCGACAAUGGAAUAUUUUAAAAGGGUUGUAAUGGCUUACAAAAAUGAGCGGGCAUGGGGACAAAAAUUCAACAAAAUUUAAUCGCAAUCAGAUGAAUGGUGUGGGAGCCCAUACGGGACAUACAUACAGACAUUCAUUUUUAUAUAUACAGAUAUAAUUUUGUUUAUCAAAAUGAAAUCAUUUCAACCUUUAUUGCUGCUCAUGUCACACUUGAACACCUGGGUCUGAAUAGAGCCAGAUAGAAGUCUUCUUUAACAAUACCCCUGUUUUAAGAAAAUUCUUUUGAAACCAGCUUCUGAAAUCAUUUCCCUAUCAACAGUCACUGGCGUUUCCAUUACAGGAGGUUCCAAGGCUAUUCUUACAGCAAUGUAUGACUAUCAAGCAAGGACAGAUGCAGAGGUUUCUUUCUUUAAAGGAAAUCAGAUGAGCUUGAUGGAUGACUCGUAAGUUCAUUCUGUGGUUCACUGUAAUAUUCACUGGCCUGUUAAGUAUAUCAUGUAGACAACACCCAGAGCUGGACAUAAUGUUUAGAAAGAGGUCUUACAGGGGUUAUUGUUGCAGGGGAAACCCGUUGAAAAAAUUUUGUGUGCUGUAUGAAGUUAAAGUAUCAAAUCAGUCAUUCAUCUCCCACGGCCUCGUCCCACUCUCUUUUAAAAGUUCCUGGUAGCUGUUAGAGCAGAGCUCAUCCGUUACUGAAGUACAUCUGGACCCUCAUCAAUUUAAAACAGUUUUAAUAGAUAUGAAUCUUUUAUGUUUUCGUGACAAGCCACUUGAAAUAUCAUCACCCAUUAUCAGUAAAGAAAAUUAAGGAUAUAUUUUGUUUGUUUGCCUAUGACAAGUAUCUCAAAGUUGCCUUGCUUACUAAAACAUGUAAUAUUACCUUGAGUGCCGUAUGUUAGCAGCUGGUGAUUAUUGCCAUCACUGUUGAUUUUGGGAAAUGUUAACAAAAAUGAUAUUAAUGUUCGCUCUUGAAAGUUGUUGUUAAUUUUAUACAACAAAUUUCAGUGAUCAGAAUAUAUGAAACAUUGUUAAUUGCCCACAAGCAAGUAAUCCUUAUGAGUCACUGUGACUCUAACUAACAUACUAAUCAAAUUUAUUUGUACCAAUGGCAAAAAUAAAAUGCAAUAUUUAAAUGGGGCUAAAAAUUCAAGUACGCUUGCUAAAGGGAAAGUGUUUGAGUAAAGGCACAUCAUUACAAAUACUCUGUAUUUUUCUUGUCAAAAACUUAUUUGGAAACCACUUAGUUAUUUUAAUCAAAUUUACUAAUCAAGACAUUGCUAUGCCUACUUACUGUAUGUCCUGACAACAUAACUUAAGUUAUGACAUUGCUGUGCCUACUUACUGUAUGUCCUGAUAACAUAACUUAAGUUAUGACAUUGCUAUGCCUAAUUACUGUAUAUCCUGACAACAAGUUAUGACAUUGCUAUGCCUAAUUACUAUAUGUCCUGACAACAUAACUUAAGUUAUGACAUUGCUAUGCCUACUUACUGUAUGUCCUGACAACAUAACUUAAGUUUUGACAUUGCUAUACCUACUAACUGUAUGUCCUGACAACAUAAGUUAUGACAUUGCUAUACCUACUUACUGUAUGUCCUGACAACAUAAUGUAAGUUAUGACAUUGCUAUACCUAAUUACUGUAUGUCCUGACAACAUAACUUAAGUUAUUACAUUGGUAUACAUACUUACUGUAUGUCUUGACAACAUAACUUAAGUUAUGACAUUGCUAUACCUACUACUGCAUGUCCUGACAACAGUGCUUUCUAAUAGGUUUUUUCCUUACUAAAUUACCUCCAACUCUGUGAUAUGAAAAUUUUUUUAAAAUUUACUUUAAUUUAUAUUCAUAAUACAAGUUUUUUGGUGGCCAUAUAAUCUUUAACUUGCUUUGUUGUUUGUCUCAUCCAGCCAUGCAGAUUGGUGGCUUGUGCACAUGCCAGAUGGCAGAGAGGGCUAUGUACCGCAUAACUUUGUUGCCAGAUGUGAUACUUUAGAAUCUCACGAGUAGGUCCUAGCGUCAUUACAUGGUCAUUUGAUAAAUUCAUAUUUGAAACUAAAGAUAAAGUUUAAUGCUGUCCCCCCCCCCCCCCCCCCCCCUUCAUAUUGAUCAAUAUUUAUUUUAGAAAUAAUACUAACGGCAGACAAAGUAAAAUCAUGCACAACAAUUGUAUGUGGUAUUACAUCUGUAUUAUAAUUAGAUGGUAUUUCGGGAAGAUAACGCGGAAAGAUGCAGAGAGGUUGCUGAAACUUCCACAGUCGCCUUUAGGAGCAUUUCUGAUCAGAGAGAGUGAAACAGAAGAAGGUAGGCAAAGGGGUUUGAUAUUUCUUUUGCAUGUGGACUAGAUUUAUUCUUGAGGAAUUCAUUUCAAUACUUCACUUGUCAGCAAUGUAAUAUUUCACUUACAGAGUAAACCCCACUUUGGUAAAUAAUAUCACACAGCAUACAUUUUAAGUGAUUAUGUGGAACAUUAUAAGUGAUCAUGUGAAAAGUCAAUCCUAUAUGAUAUGGGAGAUGUAUAAUACCAUACCAAUGUGGGUGUGUAAAUAUGUGUAUGUAUGUCUAUGUGUGUAUAUAUAUAUAUAUAAAUAUGUAAGUAUAUAUAUAAUAUAUAUUUAUAUAUACAUACAUAAAUAUAAAACUUAUAGCUUCUGAAAAGCUUACUGAGUUUGAGUAAGUCAUGUCUUGAAUGUAGUUUUUUGUAUAAUUUUGUAUAACUGUAGGCAUAUUUCAUUCCAGGCAUGGUUGUCUUGUGUGUCCAUGAUAAGGACCCAAGUAGGGGAGACUGUGUCAAACACUACAAAAUAAGAAAGCUAGACAACGGAGGCUGCUACAUUACGUCAAAAACAGUCUUUUCUAACCAUGCAGACCUCAUCAAGCAUUACCAAUGUAAGUAACAAUCUAGAUUAAUAGACUGUUACAGAGAAGGUCAUGUAUUGUACAGAUCUUGCAACUGUCAAUGAGGAUGUAGUGUACAGAUCUUGCAACUGUUCAUGAGGAUGUAAUGUACAGAUCUUGAAACUGUCUGUGAUGGUGUUUUCUAGCAUAUCAAACCUGCUUAUCUCAACUAGAAACACAACUCCUAUCUGGUGCACCCAAGUUUGUCUGGUUUGACAAGCUGGACCGGUUUGACUGAGGCUGGUUUGACAAUUUAGUCCGGUUUGACCGAGGCUGGCUUGACAAGCUAGAACGGUUUGACCAAGGCUGGUUUGACAAGUUAGACCGGUUUGUCCGAGGCUGGUUUGACAAGUUAGACCGGUUUGACCGGGAUCAAGCCAGUUUACCAGCCUUGUUUGAAUUUUUGUCCAGUUUACAAACUCAGUUUGCAAAAAAAAAUGUAUGUGCCCUGUCUAUCUUAGAUAGUCUCAUACACAUAUCUUAGAUAUUAUUGUACACAGAUCUUAGAUGUUAUUGUACACAUAUCUUAGUUAUUCUUGUACACAUAUUAUUAUCUUAAAGACUCUCGUACAAAGUAUUCAUUUCAGAACUUGAUGGUUAUCACAUUCCAUAUUUAAAGUAACUAACCUAAAGUUCUAUAUAUUUAAAGAGUGUCAAGUUCUAAUCUUGCAUUAGUCAACUUGGGUUUAUUUAUGAAAAAAUUCCACAUGUGAAUUUGAGGACACUCUGAAUAUGAGGCCAGAGCAAAAUGCUCCGCCUGCAACCUACGGCCAUCAACCCCAUUUGUCCAUGAUAAGACAGAGGUAACUUGAUAGCAUUACAGCCAGUAAUCUUCUCAUGAAGACGAUCAAUUUUCCAUAUUUAUCGUGUUUCUACUUCCAAAUACCCAAUAAACAUGAUGCGAAUUUACAGAUACAUAGUGAUGUAUGUAUCUUGACUUUAACGUCUGUUGUGGCAAAAUCCACCUGCACACACACUCGUCUAUUAAAAUAGUGUGUAAUCAUCAUUAACAAAAGUGCUUCUGGGAGGUCAUCCCUUUAUGCCUACUUAGCUACGCCACUAGGACUGGUUUCAAACCUCAAAAGUAUUGUAAGCCUAACCCAAGAAGAAUGUUUUAAAAAUAAAAUUUAAAAAUUGAGAUCAAUUUAACCUUAAGACCAAUUCCGACUGCUGUUUUUGCCCUGCCAUAUUUUGAAAUUAUGUUCAUGGUAAUCAACUGACAAUGACAUGACCUUUGGUUUCCGCUGGCGUUUAAUUUAAUCAAGCUGGCGGUGACAUAAUUGGUGUGCCUUCCGUCCAAGAGAUUUUUAAAAAAUUUUUUUAUUACAGCUAUAACUUUGAUUUUUAAUGGAAUUUUUUUUCCAGCUAAAGAUGAAGGUCUGUGUCGCAGACUGACCUCACCAUGCCCCAAGCCUAAGCCUGUGAUGGAUGAUUUGUCGGUCGAGACCAAAGACAUGUGGGAAAUACCCAGGGUAACAUUGACAUUACAAGCGUUGCUGGGCUCUGGACAGUUUGGUGAAGUCUACAGGGGUAAUUUUUAUUUACUUUUUUUCUAAAAUAAUAGCAUAUUGACUCCCAGCAGUUUAUGGCAGUCUCCCAUAAAACAUGUUCUCCAGAUAGAAGUUUUGUUAUCAUGGGUCACACAACUACUGGCUAACACGAGCAAGUUACCAACUGUCUUUUUGUAGAGCUCAAUUAAAUUUGAUAACUUCUUUUUUUUUUUUUUGUUGUAAUUUUGAAACAUAACAUCCCCAAGAAAGCUGCAAGAGUUCCUCCAGAAAUUACUUGCAGAAAUAUGCAUGAUUUAUUUUCUGUAACAGGCAUCUUAAAAGUAUUAUUGCUCUCCAUCUAGGUAAAUGGAAGGGCACAACAGAUGUUGCAAUCAAAACUUUAAAGGAAGGAUCAAUGAGUGUAGCACAUUUUCUGCAGGUAUUUCAAGUCUGGCUUUCAUUUGUAGUGCUGGGUUUGAAUUUGUAGUACUGGUACUGUGUGGUACUGUAAUAUUUUGUCAUUUCUUGAUGGUUUCGUAUUGUCUGUUAUUUAAAUUUGAAAAGUCACACACCAUCAAAUAAACUGAACUAGUAAUGAAUGAAGCAUAGUUUUUAAAGCACAGAAACAAAUAAUGUAUUUUGAUAAUGCAAUAAACGCUAGAAUUAACUAUUUACAACUUGUGGCAAUCACUCCCAUGAAGCUAAGAUUAGAUUUAAAUCUUGCGAUGAACAUUGCAGGAGGCUCAGAUCAUGAAGAUGCUGCGUCACGACAAGCUGGUCCGUCUCUAUGCAGUGUGCACACUGGAAGAGCCAAUUUAUAUUGUGACAGAGCUGAUGGCCAAUGGAAGUCUGCUGGAUUACCUUCGAAAUGACAGAAACAGACUAAUCACUCUGCCUCUUUUAAUAGACAUGGCAUCUCAGGUACUUUCAAGGCUAUGAUUCUCUUAUUGUAUUUGGUUGUUUGAACAGAGGUGUGAUGUCACUGGGGAAUCUACCACCAUUGUCUUACAAUAUUAUAUUAUAGGGUAGACAUUUGUAAGAAGCAUUCUUUUAAAUAGGGACUCUCUAAUUUUUACCCUGGCAGUUUGAAUAAAACAUAAAAUAUGCAAGAACAUACAAACUCAAGCCCAAAAGCAAAUUUUUUGUAUUAAAUGUAUCUAUGGACACUUUGAAUAACUUUUCUUAUUUUUAAUGACUACUUGAAUGACACAAAACAUAUGAAAAUAUUUUAAUGCCUUCAAAACUGCAAAAAAACACAUCUUUUUAAAUUAUAUUGAUUCCCCUCCUCUGACCGAUAAAUGAUCUUGCUGGCUGCCGUCCAUGGUUUGCCUUGUAAAAGUUAUGUGGUGGGGUGGGUGAAUACACAUUGCUGUUCUUUAUUUCAUAAAUGUAUUUUUUUUAAUGUCAUGAUUAUGUAUCUUUUGAUAAAAUUUUCAUCUUCAGCGCGGUGAGCCCAGCCCUAGGCUGGGGUACCGCGCUGUAUAAGACCCCUUAUUAUUAUUAUUAUUUUGUCUAAACUGCAAUUAAAAAUUGUGCUUGCUUUUCUCAUGAAUAAUGUUUGUCGGUUUUUUUUUUUUUUGUAAAGGUUGCCAGUAUUUUUUUUUUUUUUUUUUUUUUUUUUUUUUUUUUUUUUUUUUUUUUUUUUUAUUAAUAAUUUUUUUUGGUUUUUUUUUUUUUUUGUAAAGGUUGCCAGUGGUAUGGCUUAUUUGGAAAGCAAAAACUUCAUCCAUCGAGAUUUGGCAGCUCGUAACAUUCUGGUCGGGGAAAACAAUAUAGUUAAAGUUGCAGACUUUGGAUUGGCUAGAAUACUUGACAGCGAGGAAUAUAAUCCAAAAGGUACUGUUUGGGCUCCGUAAAUAUCUGAUAUCAUCAUUAGCAUGCGUAUUCUCCUCCACCCAUGAAUGUAAACUCGACCCAUAUGCAUACACUCCAUCCAUGCACAUUCCCUCCCCUUAUACUCUCCGUCCAUACACAUACCCUCUAAACACGCUUAGUCAUGGAUACAAAAAAUUGAAUCAAUUAUCAUUGUUAGUUGACAAAUUUUUGCAAAUAUAGAAUGCAAUAAAUGGUUUAUUAUCAUUGUAUUCUGUUUCUUGAAGGUCUGUGUUUUACAUUUAAAUUUAAAACUCAGAUUGUUUCAUUUUGGUCCAAAUGAUUUUGUUAGUAAAACUCAGAUUGUUUCAUUUUGGUCCAAAGGAUGUUGUUAGUACAUCUCAUAUUUUUUCAUUUUGGACCAAAGGAUGUUGUUAGUGUUUCUUUCUGUUUUCGGCAAACCAGUCUUUAAGAAUCUGAUUUUGGGAUUUACAAUCCAUUCCCAGCUGUUCCGCACAGCAAGGUCAGAUAGAUGGGAUGUUUUAUAAGAUAACAACAGCAGUUUGAAUCUACUUUUAGAACUUUCAAAGCAACUCGCUUUAGUUACAUUUUAAUAACACAAUUUUUGUACACUCUUGACUCCCAUGAUGCAAGUUGGAGAGUUUAUAUAUAUUACCACUGACCAGACAGGCAAUAAUGCAAUUUGCAAAAUUGUUGAUAACUUGCCUGCAAAGACAAAGAGACAACAGAUUUUAUUAUAAUCACCAGUCCUCUAUUUUUGUAAACAACUAUUUUUCCGCCCCCCAAAAAACGUAUCUCCUUUUAUUUAUUAAAUAAAAUAAUUGAUCAAGUUAACGCUGGACAUACUUAGUCCUAGUAUCAUUAAAUUUAGAUCACUCUGCUUUUUCCUCAUAGGUGCCAGGUUUCCAAUCAAAUGGACAGCUCCCGAAGCUGCCAUGCGACAAAAGUUUACAGUAAAGUCUGACAUUUGGUCCUAUGGAAUAUUGUUGUAUGAACUUAUGACUAAAGGCAGAAUACCAUAUCCAGGUUUGUAUCAGUUAUGCUUGUGGUGACCUGAGAGUUUUGAAAGCCUAAAUUAUUUAAAAUUAACUUUAUUUGGCUACUUUUCUAUCUUAUCAAGCUUGACAGAUCCAUUUUGUGUGUGUGGAAUGUUGGGUUGCCUGGGCUAUUUUUACUGGCAUGAUUAAUUGAUAAUAAGUUAUUCAAAAAAGCAUUAUUUUAAAAUAUAACUUCUUUAUUGUAAAUUGAGCAGUCAUGUUCUUUGUCUUUGUAGAAACAUGAGGCAUGCUUGUCAUAUGAAAUGGAUUACCGAUUUCCCCAGAAAGGGACCAUUUUUUUAAAUUCUAAGACUAAAAACUGAUGGUUUUUGUAUAUUGGAACCCUGAAUGCAUUUUUAAAUCUAUUUUUGUUAUAAGCAUCAAGUUAAAGAAACCAAAUGUCUCAUUUUUUUUUGUAUUUUCAGGCAUGGACAACAGAACAGUAUUAGAACAAGUUGAACGAGGCUACAGGAUGGACAAGCCAACAGACACACCUGAAGGCGUGUACUCAAAAAUGCGUGAAUGCUGGCAUGAGAGGCCGGAGCAGCGCCCCACCUUUGAGCAUCUGUUUGUUUAUUUCGAUGAUUACUUUAUCUCUGUGGAGCCCAACUACCGGGAAGCUGACUGAGAUUUCAAUGACAGAUGUGGUGUCGAUUAGGUCCUAAUCUUAUUUAUUAAAUGUUAAUUUUUUUGUCAAUUUUGGUUUUAUAGAUAUUUGGGAAUUUAAAAAAAAAUUUUAACUAUCCCUCUCGUUUCCUACAUUUUCCUGCGUCCUGGAGUAGAAAACGUGGGCACAGUUUUUCAGGAUUUUGUGCCAGGAGGAAAACAUAAUUCUGCAUUGUUCAAUAAAAACUUGUGAGAAAAUUGUCAACGAAUUCACUGCAAACACACGGACAAGACAUGUUUAAAUUAUCAGAUGGGCAAGUAAAUAACCACACAUUCAGAAAUAGAAACAUUUAUGGAAUUUUGAUUCAAAUCGAACUUUUCUUUUAUCACCAUUUUCAUUGCUUUGCCCAAUUUUGUCCUCAUCAUCUACUGUUUUUUAAAGCUUAACAGCAAGUUAUAUGUUUAAUUAAAACAAGCAGGAAUAUUCAGAGAGGCACAAACAAGUUAUAUGUAUGAUAAAACAAGCAGGAAUAUUCAGAGAGGAAUAAAGAUGUGAUAUGGGCCAACUGUCAUAGCUGGUAUGUGUGUAAAUGGCCCUUACAUUUAUUUGCUGAUCUAAAUAUUCAAAAGCCUGAAAAAAAGCAAAUAACUGUAUGAUAGUGGAAGAAAGUAAAGAUAUCCUUCGGUAAAGAUUAUUAAUAUUUUUUUUUAUUGUACACAUGUUACAUGUUUUUGUAUUUAACCUCAGCCUACUUAAAUACUUAAUUUAUCUGUUUGUAAAAAUGCAGUCAGGGUGUGUUGCUUGCAUGAUAACGACUCUCAACCUGUGUCAAAAUAUAAUUUUUAGAUAUGUGGUAUGAUAUUUUAAUUUGUAUGAUUAAUCAAAUCUAAGUGUAAACUUUUUCUUAUCAUUGAGAGUUAAAAAAAUUAUUUUAAAAAAAAACCUUUUUAUCUGUUAAAGUUGAAAUGAAAUGCUCAAGUACAAAGAAAGCCAACCAUUGAUCAUGUCUGAGUAUUAUUAUUAUUUUCGGGUUGGGGUUUCACAUGGAAAUAUUUUAUAGGAAAUAUGUUUUUUCUUUGCAGUGCAAUAUGAAACAAGAGUUAUAAUUACUGUAUAAAAUCUACAUAUGUAUUUUACCGACAAUCUUAUUUUGUUUUGGAAUUUCUGUACAAAAAUGUGUAUAUGUAUUUUACUGACAACAUUUUUUUGUUGUAUUGUCAUAACAAGACUUAAAAAUGCUUGCUUCCUUUAAAACAAAACACAAAAAUGGUGUGCUGCUUGUUUAACAUUGUGAUUUUUCUUCUUUUAAAAAAAAAAAAAAUGACACUACAUGCCAAUAAUAAACCACAUUAUAAUUAUUUCAGCAUUAGUCACUGUGCCAUUGUAUUUAAAACUAAUGAUUGUGUAGCAAAGAUUGCUCCUAGUAUUUGGUUUCCUCAAGACAAUUUGCUCUAUCAAUAUUUCUGACACCCAUUACCCGAUUAAUAUUUUUUAUAUUUAUCAUUAUAAGAUUGUUUAGAAUCACCAUUGUAUAAGAUUAGUAAGACUUUAAUUUUAGUAAGACUUUAAUUUUGAAGGGAAAAAAAUAAAUUGUCAAUACUGAUACUUAAAAAAAAAAAUAAUCUGCUGUAUAAAGCUGCUGUACAAUUUAAAUGUUUUCGUUACCAUUAUGGAAUAAAGAAUUCGCUAGUGCCCAGGAAUGAUAAACAUUUACAUAAAUUUCAGCGUUUAUGAAAUUCAGAUUUUAUGAUUUAUUUUUAUGGUUUAUUUGUUUGUACAUCAUAUGCUUUUUUAUUUUCUACAAUAACUUAUUUCAUUUUUAAAGAUAAAACUAUUAGAAGGUUUUUCAUUUCAGUCAAAUACUCUUGCGCUAAUUAAAAUUGAAUGUUGGUUUUUUUUUGUUUUGCUUGUGCUGAAUCUCUAUGCAAACUGAAAUGAUAUGAUUUCACACUUGUUACAUCAUACAUGUUGAGCAAGAACCAAUGCCAUUGUAAUUAAUUUAAUCAUCACAAUGUUGUGGGCCAGCAUUGGUCAUAAUACACAAAAUCCCACCAUCAACUAAGACCAUAAUGUCAUGAAUACUGUCUCGGUCCUAGAUAGGGAACAUAAUCUUGCAUAUGAGUGCUUCAAGUCAUCUCACUGGUGGAGUUGUUAUCUUGGGGUAUCAGUUUAAUUGUAUUGUUAGGUGCAAUCCAAAUAUUUAUGCAAAUUCCACUGGGAUGAGUUGCAAUGUGGCAACAUGAUAUCUGUGAAGGCAGUGAGUUAUGCUGAAUUGGUUUCAUAACAUAAUUAAUGCAUUAUUAAAUAUAUAACUCUGUUGCUGUUGCUUGGCUUGAAUCCAGCUCAGUAAUUCCUUGUGCACUGCUCAAUGGCACCAAAGAAAAAGUCACUCUAAAGAUUCAGAUGUCGACCAAGAAAAAAGGUAGCAAGUUUUUAACUCUUAAUAUGACACACAACUUUGACACAUAACUACAGUAAUAAUUGUCAAAAGUGAAUGUGCCAUUUCGGCAGCUCAUUUUAUCAUCAAAACUAUUUUUAACUUCCAAAAAGCUGUAACUGGAGUAUAUUACAUACUGUUGACAGUUUUUUUUAGUAUUACUGCCAAGAAUUUAAAAGCAAGUUUAUUUAUAUUAUGUGUGUGCGUUUUUAAUACAUAUUUUUUUACUAAUAAUCAUAUUAGACAUAUCCUUAAAGCCUGCUUCAAAUUGAUUUACUUAAGGAUACAAUGGCUUGAAAUUUAUUAACAUUUGGAUACAACAAAUUCAAAUUGAUUAACAUUCGGAUACCAAGCCUGUGAGAUGGCCGCAAAACAUGGUAGAAAGAAAAAAAAGUUCACAUUUUUUUUUUCGCUGAAGCAGUUGAUAGAAACUAAUUAUUUAUUAUGAAAGGAACACUUCUGAACUAUGAGUCGUCAUGGAAACUAAGGAAAUAUUCUCCCCAAAAUUUAUUUUAAAUGGCAAUGUUUACCUAUUUCUUUUUCUAGCUAAAACUCUUUUGCUUUCUCUCUCAAUAUACAUAGUUAUUGUUAUAUAACCAGCUUGUCAAAAUCCUAAUAAGAUCAUACAUAAUAAUGUAUGUUGAAAAGAUUUUGUAAAUUUUUUGUACCGUAAUUUAAAUAUUUUGUUUAAAAAACUUAUUUCUGCAGCUUCAAAUUAAUGUUAAGUAUAUCGCAGAAUUCGGUGAUAAUUAUUAUCAGGGUGGUCAAAAUGCACAAAACACUGAAUGGUGGUAACAGCAAAUCAGUUUGUGCUGGCUGUAUGGCAGUAAUGGCUGUAUGCUUGAGAUCAGCUGUUUUUUUUUGAGGUUUUUAAAUUUCAAAAAAUUGUGUAAUGUUUUACAAAUGUAGCAACUCAAUUAUUAACAAUAGAUUUUAUAUUUUUGAUAAUGAAAGAGAUUUAUUUAGUAUCAUUUAAAAUUGUAAUGAUCAAAAUGUUUGUAGAAGUUUUCUUUUUUUUACUUUUUAAUAUUUGUGUAAGCUACUAAUGUGUCAAAAUCAAUGUGCAUUGUACUAAUAAAGUUUACAAUAAACUUCAUGAGUGAAAAAGCUCUGGCAAACCUAUAGUUCAAUUUAGAUCCUUAAAUCUCUCAUUUUAGUUUUAUUUGAGAAAUGAUUCACACUGAAUAACAUAAAAGAAUUUGGUCAUCCUGCUUAUAAUAUUAAAUAAUAUACAGUUUACAAUUUUCCAGAAAUUCUCCCUCAUUUCAUGUUACUCACUUAUUUUUUAUUAUUUCUAUAGUAGGCAGCCCACAUUCUUCUAAUGACAUUUUUUGAUGAGCUUUUGGUGUAUGAUUUUUAUAUAGAAAUUGCAGCACCCAUUAACACAAAUCAUGCUAAUUAUUAAAAUCAAAGUGAUCAUUUAUUGUGUACAUUUUCAUUACUGAUAAUAAAUAAAAAGAAUGUAACUAGCUGGUUACACCAGGUUAACUUAAGUACUGUAUUGUUCUGCGUAGUUAUUUUAUCAUGCUUAAAUGAAUACCAAAUUUUAUUGACUCUUGGAUUGUUUUCAAUUACAUCAAGUUAGAUGUAAGAUUUUUUUUAUUUUAUAUUGUCAGUGGGCUGUGCAGGGGUUCUCAAACGUGCAGCUUUCUAUUGUACAUGUAAAUUUAAUGAAAUAUGUGUUAUAUUCAACAAGAAGUUGAAUGCUUUCUUACCUAGGAGGCCAUGAUUUCACCAUUUGAUAAAACAUGUUCAAAUAUUUUACCCCAGGAAUAACGAUAGAAAUAACUUUUUUUAACUAUUGGUGAAUAUCAUGUCAAACAACUUUUUAAAAUGUUACAUUUAAUUUAUUUUCACUAAUCCAAUAUGUAGUUUUUUUUAACUGUUUCAGAACACUGGGUGUCUGGGGGAUACCUGCCUGCUUUUGGUUGUUUGUUUCUGUGUAAUGUUAUCAAAGUUUGUCAUUUAAAGUUGAAAUGCAAAGAAAUAAAACUUUUUUUUAUCUUUCUCUUAUUUAAAAAAAUGAAAGUUAUACAUAAUAUUAUUAAUAUAAUGUCAACUGCUAAAUGAUGCACCAUUGUUGUCCAUUGACAAGCCUGGACUCAAUAUAUUAUUGACAGCUGAAUAAUGGUUAAUGGACUUUUCCUAUCAGCACCCAGAUAUGUGUGUUGCAAUAUAAAUGCAUAUAAGAAAAUUUUAAUUACCCCAUAAACUGUUGCCUAUGCAACCUUAUCUUCUGGGAUGAGGGCAUAUGAUAUCUACACACAACAUUAGUAAUGUAAGUAGCGUCCCUUUGAAGGAAUAUUAUCACAGUUGUAUCGGUAUGACAACAGUUUAUUCUAAAUAUUGUAAUAUAAAGAAUUUGGACGUUUUUAUUAAAAAUAAAUAUUAAUUUUGUUUAUUUGUAGUGUAUUUUUAUGGACCAUGAUUAACAGAUUGCAUUAUCCGUGGGAAUAGCAUUUGAAAGCUUUCUUUAUUUCUUUAUUCAACUUUUUUUAUUCAAACAAAAAUUGGUUUGUGUUAUAAGUGGAAUACGUUAUACAGCAGUUGUAUUCUUCUCUAAUCUGAUUUCAGAAUAACAACUCAUCUCAUUCACUACAAUGCAUUGACCUGAUCAGCUAUGUUUUUUCAAACUGGCAUGCUACAAGUUUCAUAAAGGACUGUGCAGAAAUUCACUCACAGAGGCUUUUUUCUCCUCUUCCCAAAUGUUACACUAUGUUUCCCAAAAUUUUAUUGAAGCAAAAUUACCCACAACCAAUGUUCCCUCUAAGGUUUGUUCGUUCGUGUGCAAAAUCAUAAAUUUUGUGUGCAAAUAUUUACAGCAUCAAUUUUUUUGUGCGCAAAUUUUACAGACACAAACACACCCUUAAGUGGAAAUUAGCUGCCCAUACUCAAAACUGCUGAGCGGCGUCUGUGAGAUUACUGCUCGACAGCGCAGCUUAAAGGGAACAUUGCCCACAACCCGAUACUUUUUAUGAAGCCUGCUUAAAAAGAGUAAACUUAUUGAAAACAAAUUUGCAGUUUAAUAUCACUCAUCAUUAUUUUAAAUUAAUACAUAUUUAAUGAGAUAAUCAAAAUUGUCAGUUGUUUACAGUACAAGUUUCUAAAUUUUCG